GGGCAAGAUCCUCUGCUUCCACGGCCCACCAGGUGUGGGCAAAACCAGCAUUGCACGCUCCAUCGCCCGUGCCCUCGGCCGUGAAUACUUCCGGUUCAGUGUUGGCGGCAUGACAGAUGUGGCUGAAAUCAAGGGUCAUAGGCGUACCUAUGUGGGUGCCAUGCCUGGGAAGAUCAUCCAGUGUCUGAAGAAGACCAAGACAGAGAACCCGCUGGUGCUGAUUGAUGAGGUGGACAAGAUCGGCCGAGGCUACCAAGGGGACCCGUCGUCGGCACUGCUGGAGCUGCUGGACCCCGAGCAGAACGCCAACUUCCUGGACCACUACUUGGAUGUGCCAGUGGACCUUUCCAAGGUACUGUUCAUCUGCACGGCCAAUGUCACUGACACCAUCCCGGAGCCGCUGAGGGACCGCAUGGAGAUGAUCAAUGUAUCAGGCUAUGUAGCACAGGAGAAGCUGGCCAUCGCAGAGAGGUACCUGGUGCCACAGGCCCGCACCCUAUGUGGUCUGGAUGAGAGCAAGGCCCAGCUGUCCGCAGCAGUACUCACUCUGCUCAUCAAACAGUACUGCAGGGAGAGCGGCGUGCGCAACCUGCAGAAGCAGGUGGAGAAGGUGCUACGCAAAGCUGCCUACAAGAUAGUGAGUGGGGAGGCAGAGACAGUGCAGGUGACUCCAGAGAACCUGCAGGACUUUGUGGGGAAGCCCGUGUUCACCGUGGAGCGGAUGUACGACGUCACGCCUGCUGGUGUGGUCAUGGGCCUGGCCUGGACCGCCAUGGGAGGCUCCACAUUGUUCGUGGAGACAUCUUUGAGGCGGCCCCUGGUCAGGGGCAGCAGGGAAGACAAGGAUGGCAGCCUAGAGGUAACAGGCCAGCUGGGGGACGUGAUGAAGGAGAGCGCCCGUAUAGCCUACACCUUUGCCCGUGCCUUCCUGAUGGAGCAGGACCCAGACAAUGACUUCCUGGUCACCUCGCACAUCCACCUGCACGUGCCUGAGGGCGCCACCCCCAAGGACGGCCCCAGCGCGGGCUGCACCAUUGUGACUGCCCUACUGUCCCUGGCUCUGGGACAGCCCGUGCUGCAGAACCUGGCCAUGACAGGGGAAGUCUCCCUCACCGGCAAAGUGCUGCCGGUGGGCGGCAUCAAAGAGAAAACCAUCGCGGCCAAGCGUGCGGGCGUGACUUGCAUCGUCUUGCCGGCCGAGAACAGGAAGGACUUCUCGGACCUGGCGCCCUUCAUCACGGAGGGCCUGGAGGUGCACUUCGUGGAGCACUACCGGGACAUCUUCCGCAUCGCCUUCCCUCUGCGCGAGCAGCGCGAGGCCCUGGCCGUGAAGCGGUGACAUGGGGGACUGACUGAAUAAUCAUGGGGUGGCGGCGCAGCCACGAGCACAGCUGUAGAAUCAUGAGUAAAGAAUUCUUUCCAGA